AUGAUAUCAGUUAGAUUAGUAUUACUGUUGGCAAUUAGUUGCGCUGGUCUUUUCUUUCCCCCAGGAAAUUCAGUUAACGAUGCUGAAGAUGAUGAUGGUACCGACGUUGAAUUCUUAGCCAAAUCAGGCUUUCUGGAAGCUAAGCAAGGAAUUUUGAACGGUAUAGGACAAAUUACUCAAAAAUUAGCACAAAGUAACAUAGAGAUCAUGUCUCAUGCAGAUGAUAUCAAUGAAGUUUACAAGCAGCUACCGAGUGGCAAAAAUAUGAAGGGAUGGAAAAGAGUUUCCAAAUAG